AGGUCGUGAGUGUCCCUUGUAAGACGAAUAUGACGAGACGAAUGGAAAAUCUCUCCAUGAUUCUCGGCGCUCCGGACGAAAUCAAGAACGAGACCUGGAUCCAGCAAUUCCAUUCAAAGGGCAACAUUUCCGACAUGUAUGAUCUCAACACCAAUAAUAUUGUCCAGCUCGAGAAAUAUGCGGCAACGUUAGUCAACCGUCAAAUGAUUGCUGGAGUUGUUAGCCCGGCUUCCGUCUUUUACUGGUACGGGACCAAGCAGGUGUUUCUCCCCGCGGGGCGGGUGCAACGGCCCAGCUUUCAUCAUGAGUUUCCAGACUUUAAAAAAUUCUCUGGGAUAGGAUUCACCCUCGCGCAUGAACUCGGACAUGCCCUUCAUGCCUGCAUUGUUGAUGAUCCGUUGACCAGCGCCGCCCCAAUCACACCUUUCGUGAGCGACUGGACAAGGAAGAAUUUUCUUAAUUUGACUUCUUGCGUGGGAAAGCAAUACAGUUCGUUUGAAGUUGAGGUGAGAAACGUUCCCUCAGACUUGAUCGUCAAUGGGGAGCAAACGUUGAAGGAAAAUGUCGUAGAUAUCCUUGGAAUCCAGAUUUCCUUCAAGGCAUUUAUGGAACAUGGUGAAGUCUCAUCUUCCCCAGUCCACGAGCAAUUUCCGCACUUGGACUUCUUCGGUUGCGAUGAGUUUACGAAGGAGCAACUGUUUUUCAUAUCGUUUGCGCAAGAAUGGUGUGAAGCCUAUGAGAGUGACCAGAUUGAAUAUGAAAGGUUAACCUCUCAGGUGCGAGGGGACACCCACGCCCCACAUUCGGUCAGAGUUAUGGGGAUGUUGGCGAAUUUUGAAGAGUUCUCGAAAGCUUUUCAUUGUCCGGUUGGGUCAAGGUAUAAUCCCGAGGAGAAAUGCGGAUUUUUUAAUAUAUGAUUAUGUAUGUGUAUGUAUAUAAUGAGAUAUGUAGAAGUUAAUAAAUACGUCACGCGUGUAAUAAUGUACAAGAUUGAUACGCAUACAAAAAAACUGAAUUAAAUCAGUACGUUUAAUUUACGUUACGUUGUACGUUUAAUUAAUUAGUUCGUGUAAUAAACGUGCACAAAAGUAUGUAUCUUCAAUCUUCUGAAUAAAAA